ACACACAGAGAGAAAGAGAGAGAGCUCAGAGUAGGUGUGGCUGAACUGGCUUCACCUAACCCUGAGCAUGAGGAAAACUAUUAUAAAAUGGACUUUGGACGAUACAAGAAGGCAACUGAAUGAUAUCUGGAUUUAAAUAACAUGUGAAUGAAUGCUACGCCAAAUUUAACCUCACAAAAGAGCGCACAAGUUUGAUAAAAAUGGAGUGGGGCUCUGAGAACUUGCCGCAGCUGAGCAACGAGAUGCAGUUGAUCCUCAUGAACAAAGUGAAGCGAGGAGAACUGUCCAUCGACGAUGCUCUGAACCAUGCCAGGAUGGGCCGAGAGCAACUGCGCAGACAGCAGAGCAGUGAAAAGUUGCGGGAGCCGGAGCCGUCCCUCUACAACUUCAGUGUUCACAAACGCUCACACUACAGAUGGCAGAAACGUGUUAUUCAGUUUGACUUCAGCUCUAAGUUCCUGUGCAGUAUCGAGAAAGGCCUCAUCAAACGGCAGCUGCCCUUCUCCAUCGUGAAGAGCUGUGACGACGGAGCGGGUUCCAGGUUCUCCAUCUCCUUCAGAGGUCACCAUGACUACGAGCUCGAAGCCAAGUCUAUGGAGGACAAGUACAAGAUGAUGGAGUUGGUGAAUAAAAUCAUUUAUGGAAACAUUUACACGGCUCAUGAAGAGGACAGUGCGGAAACAGCUCCACGCUCCACAGAUCCACAGUGUGUCCGAGAGGGGGUACUGCUGCUGCACCGGGGCGGGCUGGCCUCCUUCAGAUGGGUCAGAUAUGAGGUACAGCUCCACCCUGGUCAGCUGGUCAUGGUCCCUGCCAAACGCAGAACUACAGCGGAGGGAGAAAUGGCGCCCUCUGUCUCCACGGUGAUUCACCUGUCGGACGGGAACACAACAGUCCAAACACAGAGCCCAGAGACCUUCAGCCUCGUCACCAACAAAAAUGAAUACCAUUUCAGAAUACCACAACAGGAGGCAGCAAACAUCAACAGCUCUGUCAAAAGUGAGCGCGACGCGUGGGUGCAGGCCAUCGACAAACUGUGCACAGACUGGAGAAGAAAAUCAAACAAGAACACAGAAGGACCUAGAACUACACUUCGAAACACUAGCAUAGCGGAGGAAGACGAUAGCGAAACAGAGCAAGAACCGACUAGCGCAGUGGCUAAUAACGGCACGGAUGAUGCUAAUGCUAACUCAAAUCCUAUUUACAGUGUGAUAGCUAAACUAGUACCAAAACCAGACGCGACUUCAGCUACUCCAGGCUCUCCAAAAGAAUUACCACCAGAUCGUAACGCCCUCUCUCCCUUUAGUCCUACCCCAGUCAACCAAAAUGCUGUGCCAAUGUCACCAAACAUGUUCAAAUCUCCUCUCAAUUUUAUACCACCAUCCCCAUUUAGUCCACAUUCUAGUGUUAUCCUUUCACCAGAAUCCCCCACUUUUCCUUCACUGCCACUUCGAUUAAGUGACUCGACAAAUUCCUCCAGUGAUUCGCACCUACAACAUCCAGUUAUACCAUCGAGUCCUUCUUCUCUUCCUUCUCCUACUUCUUCUCCAUCCUUCUUUCUCCCUACUCCUCCUCCAUCCUUUGUUCCUCCUCCUCCUCAAUUCUUUGCUCCUACUCCUCCUCCUAUGCCCCCUCCCGUUCCUAUAAAGGUAAAGACGCUGACCAGAGCGAAUCUAACCAAGGCUUUCCACUGGGACGUGAUUGGUCCAGACAAGGUCUCAAAGUCGUUCUGGGCUCAAAAUGGAGGUAAGAAGAUUGAAAUCGACACACCGCGUUUGCUCGAACAGUUUUCUGUGACGAAAGCAGGAACCACACAUGGGAUCCAGGAGACCAUCCCCACACAGAACAUCAUGCUGAACCACAAGGUCGCUCAUAACUUCAAUAUUUUCCUGAAGAGCUUCCCCGUGGGUCCAGGCGAGCUGAAGGAAAGACUGUUCAUAGUAAAAACGGAGGACGGAGGCUUGUCCGACGAGCACAUCACAGCGCUCAGAAGAUAUGUGCCGACCAUUGACGAUGUGGAGAUGUACAAAUCUCACAAGGGCCCAGUGGCGGAGCUGCACGUGGUGGACCAGUACAUGAUGGAGAUGUGUAACAUCCCGUACCUGAGUGUUCAGCUGGACCUGCUCCUGACUCUGAGAGAACUCCCAGUGUCUAUGAACGACCUGCAGCCGCUGAUUAACCAGAAGAUCCGGAUGUGCCAGCAGCUCUAUAACUCCCGCUCCUUUGUGUCUGUGCUGGAAUAUCUCCUGGCCAUCGGGAACUACCUCAACGAGAACGCAGGCAAAGAGAAAGCCAAAGGAAUCCGCCUCUCAAGCUUAACUAAAACAGGACAGCUCAGGGGUAAAGACAGAGACUACACACUGCUCCAUGCUUUGGUGGAGCAGAUCCUAUGGCACCAGCCCGCGCUCACCUCCUUCACUGAGGAGCUGGCAGAGUUUGAAACCGACCCAGGAGCCUCCAUCAAAGGUCUGACAGCAGAAGUAGAUGUUCUGAAAAAUGAGUUGCAGAAAAUCAUCCAGUACCGAAAGGCGUCCAAGAAGAGGAAACUGGGAGACGCACACCCAAACUUCUUAAAAGACUUGAAGACUGUGAUUGACAAGUACCAGUCAGACCUCUCCACUCUGACGAAGACGUGUGAGGAGAUGAAGAAACUCUACUCUGCCAUUCUGGUGAAAUUCGGAGAGGCGCCGGACCAGGAUUCUCAGGAGCUUUUUGGAGUUAUCUGCCAGUUUAUCCACGACUUCAAGAGGGCACGAGCAGAAACUGUAUGAGCCAAAGUUCAACUGCGUUUUCAACCUGAUGUACCCCAAAGACUGAGCAAGUACGGACGCCUCAUGUUUACAACAACAGCCUCAGCUAAAGGGCCCAAAGGUGAAAAUAUAACUACACAAACGCAAUAUAAAUGUGUUUAAACCAGACAGUGAAAAAUAAUAACUCCAUAUGUGCAGUGGUAGUGUCGCUUACAAAUUAGCAUGAGUUUAAAGGGUCACUAUGUAUCGUUACGCCACCUGCUUGUCUCCAUGAAGAUGUUUUUGUUUUCCCUGGGGUGUUGGCAUGGAUUUCAGAACUAUGAAAAAUAUGUCGUGCUGCUAUAUCCGUUCAUAAUUUAAAAUAAAAUAUUAUAUCUUUCGAAUGGUGAGUAGUCUCAACAUGUCGCCUAUAACACGAAGUUGAAAUCCAUGAAUAUUUAACAGGUGUUUUCACAGCUCAAUACUACCUUGAACACUUGUAUUCUUCUUAUUGUAAGUGGGUCGCCUCUCCACAGAGCUGACCUGGUGAUUCUGUAUGCUAGUUUCAAUAGAGAUAGACAAGUUUAAUGCCAUACUGUAGAAUAUUCCUAGCAACUCCAUAGAGACAAGCAGGUAGCGAACCUCUACCAAUAGAGUUACAUAUUGCACCUUUAAAAUAACUUGAAUUCAGAAUUAUACUGUAAUAUUAAUCUUGGUUUGUGUAGUUUGAAUUCAGAAAUUCUGCUUUUAAACUUUGAACUCUCAUCGUCUUUAACAAACCUGAUGGAAACAGAUCUGGAAGCUGGAUUUUUGGGAUUGAUUGGCAAUAUGGCGUCUUGAAAAUAAACGAUUAAAGAUUGCUCAAACAUGCAUGGAUUUCAUUUGAUCUAUCUUUACUUCUACAGAGAGAGACCAAUGAGACCAGACUCUCUUUUUCUUAAGUGCCCUGUUAAAAUAGAGUACAAAAGAAUUACUCCAAAUAUGACUUUGACAGGGUGAAUGAGAAAGGGGAACAACACGGUUAAAUGCUGUGAAAAGUCGAUUUUAUAGAAUAGAUCUGCUUUAAAAGAUCAUUUGACUUGUAAUAUGAAAUGUGCAAAUUUGUCAGAUAACGUAUUUCAACAAUGAGAGUAGGCUACAUAGAAAUAAUCUAAAGGAGUGUCUCAAACUGUGGUACGUGGGGCCCUCUGCAGUUUUAGUAUUUGUUUUAUUUAUUUGUUUUCUAUUUAUGUUUCUGUCCUCCUUUGGGUUAAUCAUCAUUUAGAGCUACCUUAUACAUGAUUUAGUUUAAUUUUAGACCUGGUUUAGCUCCAGUUUAAGACUAAUUUAAAUCCAAGUUAGAUCCAGUGGUACUCGCGUUAUAGGUGGUGUGAAAAAUUUAAGAAGAACUGAUCUUAACGAAUCAAAAUUUCUCAAACCAAGAUAUAAUAUUCUGAAUUCAGUAGAUCUCGUGAAUAUCUGUAAAACCAACUCAUGAAUGAAUCAGCUGUAACAAUCACCUCUCUGCACUAAACCAUUGUACAGCUUCCCACAUUUUAACUUGUCAAAAUCACUGUUGAUUGUAAAUAAAGAAUUUUAAUUUUGACUUG